AUAAAAUUACCAGAAAAAGCAAAAUAAAGCAAAUAAAAUGAAAAAUGAAACAAUAGUUCAACUCUUCAGACAAAAGUAAACAGUUAAACCUUUAAACUUCAUAACAUCUCGUAUUGACUAAACUUUCACUUCAACCAACACUGUAAAUAUUAUUGAAAAAUAUUGAAAAACCAACCAACCAUGAUUAGCAUUCACAUGAAAUCAUUAUACAGAAGAUACUCUCAAUGUGUAAAUCAAAGACUUGUUCAAAACACUGGUCAAGUAUCAUAUUCAACCAGCAUGAUCAGACUAAUUGAUAAUUGGUCAGCUCCAAAUCAACUGGUUAAACUGUUUAAUAGACUUGAAAAAAUGGGUAAAGCAACAAUGAUUUGUUCACAUGGCUAUUCACAGGUUACUGCAUCAACCACUUAUCAAGUUGUAUUAAACCUGUUGCUCUGUUUUUGGUGUUAUUUGAUAUCAUUUCGAUUUCUCCUUUUGGCCUUUCUAAGAGACGAGAAAAUGCGCAUCAUUUUGGGCGACACUUUUAUCGGCUAUCAAGCUCAUUCACUGCUCAAUGUAAUCUUUUUUGGUGCUUCUUUCCUAUUAACCAGUGUUAAAACUUCCUUGGCUUAUUCCGAAUCUCAACAUCAAAUGCAAAUAAUGACAGUUUUUUACAAUCUCAGAGAGACUUGGUUCAACCCAGUCCAUCACGGUUUAACUGAUGAAGAUGACAUGAACUUUCGUCGUAUAACCUGUCUAGCUGGUCUCAGUUUAAACCUUUUCAUUAAUCUUUCAUGUGGAUCAAUAUUUAUCCUGCAAAUUCAGUCCAUUUUGCUCAAUCCUUGUUUUUCAUUGAGAACGGCUUUCCUUCAAUUCCUUUGGUUACCUUUCAUUGAUGUUACAAUGUUUUUCUCUGGUUAUGCUUGUUACUGGUUUUUCAUACACAUUAUCAUUAUCAUUUCUCUGUCCAUUCAAUCAACCAAUUCCGCCAUUGUCCGAGUUUUACAUCUUUUAAAGCCUAAACCUUAUUCCGUUUCAUUGGAAAAAUUGAUUUACUUGCAAAACGCACAUUACAAUACAAUCUCAAUGAUGAACAACAACUUUGCUUUACCAAUAUUCAUUUCUUUUUUUGUGGGUUCCUUUUUUGCCGAUUUAACCUUUUUUUGUGGCACUUACAUUGGAACUCGAAAUUUUCUCAUUGAUAUUUUACUCGCAUUGCUUGGAUUCCUGAUUUUCGCUACUAUUAUUGAAUAUAAUUUGUUUGCCUCUAAAUCAUGUCACAAGAUUGAAACAUUUAGAAAAUCAAUUCAUAGACUAUUAAUCUCGACUCGUUUUGAUUUGCGGAUCAUGUUGAAAGUGACGAGAACUUUGGAACGUAUGUCAACCGAUCGGAUUGGAUUUUAUGUCGGCAAUUUAUUUCGCUUGGAUGGAUAUCAUAGCAUAGUGUUUUUGCUGGAAAACGUUAGUUUAUACUUGUUAUUGAUAGCCAAUAUUUCGAGAAAAUCAUUGUGAUGGUUCAUGGAAAUAAAUAAGAGAAUAACAAAUGAAUUGUUUCAAUCCCAUAAAGACAUCAGCUGAAUGAAUUGAUUUGGAGGAUCAAACCAGAAAUUUAGAUGGAGCCAAGAUGACUGCUCGGGUAGUUCUGAUGGAUUAAACUUCAACAUUCAUAUUAAGAUUGCGAGAAAAUUUGCAUCCAAUGAAACGGGAAACAGUGAAAAUCUUUAUCAGCGGUGGAUUAAAUUUAUGUAUUAUUUUAUUCUUGUUAAAUAAAAGUUUUAGGAUUUUUUCAAUGCUAUAAACAAAACCAGAAUCAUCAGAGCUUUUGGAAGCAUUGAGGUAAGAGUUUUGGAGUUUGGAGUAUGAUGAAGAGCUGCAUUACAUUGUAUUGGUAAAUUAUUAUUUUA